CAAAUAAUUGUCCAAAUUUAAUUGAUAAUUAUUUAAUGAAAUGUUUUAAAUGUUGGAAUCCUAGACAUUCAGUAGGAGAAUGCAUAUUGUAUAAAGCCAAAACACCAUUUAAAGAGGAAUACAUACCAUCAGGAGAAUUUCUUCAAAAAUUUAUAAAGAAAGAAUAA